CACAGAAAUUAGACGAGCGCUUUUGUUAUGUCGAGAGCGCCGAUCGCGAGCGUACAUGUGUCAAACCAUCGAACGGGCGAUAUCUUCAUCCUUUAUUUUUCCCGCCAAAACCAAUCCCCGCUAUUUCCUUCCGCUGGCGCCAAAUCCUGAAACCCUCGGCACUUGUCUCUUCUUCGUUCUCUCUGCCCCCGCCGCGUGCGUCGCGUCUGUGCAGCAAGGACGGAACGAUGAAAGAUCUCGACUUCAACAGGGACAAGGAUCUCGCGCGGGAUUUUCUUUCAAACUUUGCCGACGCAAAUGGUGAACCCAAAUACAUGAAAAUCCUGCAAGACGUGGCAAACCAUAAAAUCAAGGCGAUCCAGAUUGAUCUCGAGGACCUAUUCAAUUACAAGGACUUGGAUGAAGAAUUUCUCAGGCGUGUCACGGAAAAUACUCGGCGUUACAUUGGUAUUUUUGCUGAUGCAAUCGAUGAGCUUAUUCCAGAGCCAACAGAGGCAUUUCCAGAUGAUGAUCACGAUAUCUUGAUGACUCAGAGAUCUGAGGAAGGAACAGAGAAUACAGACGGUGCAGAUCCCCGUCAAAGGAUGCCUCCAGAAAUCAAGCGUUUCUAUGAGGUUUAUAUUAGGGCAUCUUCAAAGGGACGACCAUCUACUAUUCGGGAGGUUAAGGCUACUUAUAUUGGCCAACUUGUAAGGAUUUCUGGUAUUGUCACGCGUUGUUCAGAUGUGAAGCCAUUGAUGCAGGUAGCUGUAUAUACAUGUGAGGAAUGUGGUUUCGAAAUUUACCAGGAGGUAACUGCAAGAGUUUUUAUGCCUCUCUUUGAAUGUCCAUCCAAACGCUGUAAGACAAACAACACAAAAGGGAACCUCAUUCUUCAGCUCAGGGCAUCAAAAUUUUUGAAGUUUCAGGAGGCUAAGAUUCAAGAGUUAGCUGAACACGUUCCAAAAGGCCAUAUUCCGCGGACAAUGACUGUUCACUGUAGGGGAGAACUUACAAGGAAGGUAGCUCCUGGCGAUGUUGUUGAGUUGUCGGGGAUUUUUCUUCCAAUUCCUUACACUGGAUUUAGAGCAAUGCGAGCUGGUUUAGUGGCAGAUACAUACUUGGAGGCCAUGUCUGUUUCCCAUUUCAAGAAGAAAUACGAGGAGUAUGAACUUAAAGGAGAUGAGGAAGAACAAAUUGCGCGAUUGGCUGAGGAUGGUGAUAUUUAUAAUAAGCUGGCCCGAUCCUUGGCUCCGGAAAUAUUUGGGCAUGAAGAUAUUAAGAAGGCCCUUCUACUUCUCCUUGUGGGUGCUCCUCAUCGAAAGCUGAAAGAUGGAAUGAAGAUAAGAGGAGACCUACAUAUUUGUUUGAUGGGUGAUCCUGGGGUUGCAAAAAGCCAGCUUCUCAAGCACAUAAUAAACGUUGCACCAAGGGGAGUGUAUACCACAGGAAAAGGAAGCAGUGGAGUUGGUUUAACUGCUGCUGUUCAAAAAGACCCCGUGACAAAUGAGAUGGUCCUAGAAGGAGGAGCUCUUGUGCUAGCAGAUAUGGGUAUUUGUGCUAUUGAUGAGUUUGACAAGAUGGAUGAAUCAGAUCGUACAUCCAUACAUGAAGUAAUGGAGCAACAGACUGUUAGCAUAGCCAAGGCAGGAAUUACUACAUCUCUUAAUGCAAGAACUGCUGUUCUAGCUGCUGCAAAUCCAGCUUGGGGAAGAUAUGAUCUACGAAGAACUCCUGCUGAGAAUAUUAAUCUCCCUCCAGCUCUUUUAUCAAGAUUUGAUAUUCUGUGGCUAAUCUUAGAUCGAGCAGAUAUGGAUAGUGAUCUUGAAAUGGCUAGGCAUGUUGUCUAUGUCCACCAGAACAAAGAAUCUCCUUCUCUUGGGUUCACUCCUCUUGAACCAUCUGUUAUUCGGGCAUACAUUUCAGCUGCAAGAAAACUGUCUCCUUCCAUCCCAAAAGAGCUGGAGGAGUAUAUCGCUAGUGCAUAUUCAGGCAUCCGACAAGAUGAAGCCAAAUCAAACAGUCCCCAUUCCUAUACGACUGUGAGAACUCUGCUCAGUAUUCUCCGGAUAUCAGCUGCACUUGCAAGACUUCGGUUCUCAGAUACGGUUGCUCAGAGUGAUGUGGAUGAGGCGCUUAGACUAAUGCAGAUGUCAAAGUUUUCUUUGUACUCAGAGGAUCGCCAAAGAUCUGGGCUGGACGCAAUCUCAGAUAUUUAUUCAAUUUUGCGAGAUGAAGCAGCAAGGACAAACAAGAUGGAUGUCAGCUAUGCUCAUGCACUUAACUGGAUUUCUAGAAAGGGAUACAGCGAGGCCCAGUUGAAAGAAUGCUUAGAGGAAUAUGCAGCCCUAAAUGUGUGGCAGAUCCAUCCAAAUACCUUCGACAUCCGAUUCAUUGAUGCGUGAUAAAUUUUUGCUGGCUUACAAUUACUUAUCUGUGUAUUAUGUUUGCAGAAUGUAGGACAUCUUGGUUAAUUAGUUUCUCAAGUGUGUUUUGAAAAGUUUAUUACUCCAAUGUUGUAAGGAAUUUAAAUGUAAGGGGCACUUAGAGGUAGCAAGUAUAUCAAAAUUUGGAGAGCAAGGGCAAGAAAACUAGUGCUGAAUCGAUGAAAACCCAAAAUUGGUUGCAAGACCA